GCCACAAGGUCAUCUCCUGCUCUGCUGUGCCACUCUGUAUGUCAUGCAAGAGAUCACCACCCCUCCCACUACUCCACGCAGCCUUUAAAAACACACACCAGGCAGUUGCACCGACAGCAGAACUGGUUCUUCCUCUCAGACUCACACACUGUCAGUCACUCGAUUAAGCAAACAGCUGCAAAGGAGAAAGAACUACAAGCACCUGACAGUCAGCUGGUAUAACAGAGCUAUCUCGACUAGAGGAAGACAAGUAAAACAGACACACCAUUGCACCUGUGAAAAAAAAUUCAUACCACAAUUCUAAUUAAUCACUGACUAGGACCUACAUAAACCACAACAUUCUUUAUUGUAGGACAUAUUCCAACUGGACCCUCAUUCAAUUCCUAUCCUGCACUUACUGACUUCUCUUGGUGGGCUGGUGACAUCCUUGAAGGAUCUGAAUAACCCAUUCAUAUACACUCCUCACACAUUCUCUCUCGGUGACUGCCUCUCGUGCUCUGUGCCAUGGUACUGAUUGAAGAUCACGAGUGUGGUGUGUGCUAUGAGCGCUACUCCCGAAGCAAACAUGUUCCCCGAGUGCUCUUCUGCAACCACACGUUUUGCAGCCCUUGCCUGGAGACCAUGGCCAAACAGCGGGGCGGCAUGCUGAGCGUCAGGUGCCCGCUGUGCCGCCAAGUGUCCUGCGUUCGCCAUGGUCUCACGCUGGAAGAGGCACUGUGGGUCAACAGCCGCCUGUGGAACUGCAUAUCAGAGGCUCAAGAGCAGGAAGUAAAGGAGGAGGAUUUGGAAGAAGAAGAAAACUGUGAGGAAGAGAGAAGGAGCGCUGGUGCAGAGACAGAAUUUCCAAUCCAAUGGGUGAGGCCAUCGUCCCAUCAUGACCGUCUCAGACUACGACUCCCAGGGUUCCUGAGGAGAAUGAUUGUCCCCAGGCAGUCGCAGGAAAGGAUAGUCCCUGGAUAUAAUGUGAGAAUGAAAUCGUGGCGAAGACUGUUGGGGGAGGAAAUGGCUUGAACUAGGUUUCGCCAGACUGAACUCACCACUCUGCAUGAUGAAGUGUCACUCUUGUUUUGCCAUUGUUAUUGAAGACAUCGUGCCACAGGCGUAGUCAGUAGUCCUGGAUUACUAAAAGAUCAGGAGCCUCAGCAUGCAACACUGAGCAGGAGUGAAAAACUGCAACAUUCUCCUGACUGUGUUUCUUGAACUGUGAUUUUCGCAUGAAGGCUUUGACCAGUCUAUCUGCGGGGAUCUUCUCAUUAUCCAUUCCAUCCAUAAUCCUCUACAGCUGCCGUGACGGGAUCUGUUUCAGCUGUUCCAACACAGACAGGGGGCAAAGUAGAAAAAGAGUGGGAGUCCCAGACUGCAAUAUGAGGUGGAACAGAUGGCUUCAUGAGACAGACCGCUUUCCUUUCACAAACUGCACCCCAACAACUCCACACAAACCCUUUAACUUAUUAUUACUGUUCAUAUUUAUGUAAUUUCUAAAUUAUUUUCAAUUAAAUGUUCUUUCAAUGGAUGUGUCAGUGUCUUUCUGUGUGCUUCCCCUGGCUUUCUGGAGCUGCUUCAACUGUGUUUGUAGGGGUUGAAUACUUUAUAUUUGCCCUACUGCUGUCUGUUUGGUUAGCUUAAAUUAAUGAUGGAGUGUUUAUGCCAUCUGUGAGGCUUUCUUGGGCCAAACGAGCCCUCCAGAGAUGCUGUGUAAUGCCAGUGAAAUGGAAAGUGUUCAGCCAAACUCACAGAGCUCCAGAUCCACUGGCACUUAACUUCCAGUUAAGUUAUAAUUUAUGCCUCGCUGCUCUCUUUUGGCAUGACACAAGAUCUCAACAGAAUCGCACAAAGCAAAUGUCACAGGCCUCUUAUUAGAAAGAGUCUGCUUUCAUAUUCACCAGCCUGGCAUUAAUCGUGGCAAGCAUCAGCAUAUGCUGUCUACCAUUUAACGAAGAGUUCAUUCACACCUUGGCUGCACUUCAUGUGUGACAGAUAUACAGG